GCCCCUUCCCUUCGCUUCGUCACGAAUCAAACCACUUCCCUUCCUUCCUCCACGCUAUAUAAAUUCCGCGUCUCCUCUCUUCGUUAUCCACCACACAAGUUCGAGUUUCGGAAUCCAUACAUCGAAAGCGCAAGGAGACAAAGUUGGAGGAAGAACACACACAACACACGGGCGGGCGUGCAUACUUUGCGUGCGAGCGAGGCUCAGAUUCGGCGAGAGAGAGAGAGAGAGAUGGACGGCUUCUUCUCGACCGCCUCGUCGGCGGCGUACGGCGGCAACAGCGGCGGGUGGGGCUACGACUCCCUGAAGAACUUCCGCGAGAUCUCCCCCGCCGUCCAGUCCCACCUCAAGCUCGUUUACCUGACCCUAUGUUUUGCCCUGGCCUCGUCGGCGGUAGGAGCUUACCUGCACAUCGCCCUGAACAUCGGAGGGAUGCUGACAAUGCUCGGGUGCGUCGGAACGAUCGCCUGGUUGUUUUCGGUGCCAGUCUAUGAGGAGAGGAAGAGGUUUGGGCUGCUGAUGGGUGCUGCUCUCCUGGAAGGAGCUUCGGUUGGACCUCUGAUCGAGCUGACUUUAGACUUUGACCCAAGCAUCCUUGUGACAGGGUUCGUUGGAACUGCCAUUGCUUUUGGGUGCUUCUCCUGUGCCGCGAUCGUUGCCAGGCGCAGAGAGUACCUGUACCUAGGUGGUCUGCUCUCUUCCGGCCUGUCGAUCAUGCUCUGGCUGCAGUUUGCCACGUCCAUCUUUGGCCACUCCACUGGCAGCUUCAUGUUUGAGGUUUACUUUGGCCUGUUGAUCUUCCUGGGGUACAUGGUGUACGACACGCAGGAGAUCAUCGAGAGGGCGCACCGUGGCGACAUGGACUACAUCAAGCACGCGCUCACCCUCUUCACUGACUUUGUUGCCGUCCUUGUCCGCAUCCUCGUCAUCAUGCUCAAGAACGCAGGUGACAAGUCUGACGACAAGAAGAAGAAGAAGAGGAGGUCCUGAACGUUUCCUCUGCACAUAGUAGCUACUACCACCACAACCGCUACUAGUACAUUACCGCUACGUAGGAAGAAGAAGCUGGCGCUGUAACCUUGGACGCCUUUGUUGCCUCUGUUAAUUCGUGCUGUGUGUGUGAACCUGCCGCGAGUUUGCUGAUACGGUAUAGAAUCCGGAUCUCUCGUGUUUGCAGCUGCGUUUCGCGUUGACUGGAACCUGGAACGAUUUCAUUUGCGAAGAACAUGUUCCGAGUACCGAUCUUGUCUCAGUUUCUGACAUUUCUCUGUCCAUAUUUGCUCA